AUGGAAACGCUUCAAGAGUUAGCUGUAAAUACGAUUAGGAGCAAAACUGGGUUCAGUGCCUCGAAAACCGGUGGUGUGGUAGGGUCGUUGGCCCAAGAUCUCGCAAGUUUUAGGGGAUCCCCGAGAUCUGGACUAUCGAGAGUACUGAAUAGGAUCGAUCGACCUUUGAGCCCUGCCCUCGGAGGUCGUCGAUUCACUCUAGCUCGAAUUAUUACGAUAAGUGCAUUCGUCGUAUAG